GGAUUGUCCUCUCCUUUAUAGCUAUCGGUGAUCCGUAGAAAGACCUUAUCGACGGCCGUUGAGAAGGAUAAACAAAAAGUGGAAACAAAUACGGUUUAAAAAAAAGGGUAAGAGGAAAGCAUCUGAUCGUCAUCGGAGUUGCAGACGGCGAUGGGGCGGGCAGAGAUGGCGGCGAGCCCGUUGGCGGUGGCGGCGUUCGAACUCAAACAUGCGAUAAGCUGGUGGGACAACGUCAACGAGUCUCCUCUCUGGCAAGACCGUAUUUUCCACAUUCUCGCUGUUCUCUAUGGAAUCGUCGCCGCCGUUGCUCUCGUACAAUUAGUUCGUAUUCAAAUGAGAGUGCCGGAGUAUGGUUGGACCACCCAGAAAGUCUUCCAUUUUCUCAAUUUCCUGGUGAAUGGAGUUCGGUCAUUGGUAUUUGCUUUCCGUCGGAACAUCCAAAAGUUGCACCCUGAGAUAAUGCAACAUGUUUUGCUUGAUAUGCCUAGUCUCGCAUUCUUCACAACCUAUGCAUUGCUGGUGUUGUUCUGGGCUGAAAUAUACUAUCAGGCACGGGCAGUAUCUACCGAUGGACUCAGGCCUACUUUUUUUUCAAUUAAUGGCGUCAUUUAUGCAAUUCAGAUACUCUUGUGGUUGAUUUUAUGGUGGAAUCCUAUCCCACUUUUGGUGAUCUUGUCUAAAUUGUUCUUUGCAGGUGUGUCCUUAUUUGCGGCCCUGGGAUUUUUACUUUAUGGUGGAAGGCUCUUCCUGAUGUUGCAGAGGUUUCCCGUUGAAUCAAAAGGAAGACAGAAGAAGCUACAGGAGGUCGGCUAUGUGACUACGAUUUGCUUUGCUUGCUUCCUCAUUAGAUGCAUAAUGACUUGCUUUGAUGCAUUUGACGAAGCAGCUGAUCUUGAGGUUUUAGAUCACCCUAUAUUGAAUUUAGCAUAUUACCUGUUAGUGGAGAUACUGCCCUCUUCCCUUGUCCUUUUCAUACUGAGGAAGUUGCCUCCAAAGCGCGGAAUCACACAGUACCACCCGAUUCGCUGACUCACCCGCGGUUUGUUGGAGUAGAAGAAGAAGAGGGUGAGUGAUCAAUGACCGAAAACGGAUAGUGAUCGGAUGAUGAUGAUGAUGAUGAUGAUGGGGACUUGGCCUUUUAUUAUGCCUGUCUUACUUGGAAUGGAUGAAUGUGGAUGGGACUUGGAGGAGAAAAUAUAUAUGUUAGCAAACAGUAUGUUCUCAAGUUGGGUAACUGUACAUCCAUUUCAAGCUGUGUUCUUUUUCUUCUUCUUCUUUGUUUUACCUGUUUAAUACUCCUCAUGGGGGAAGAAAGAUAAAAAACAAAAGGAGGAAAAGAUAUUUGCUCUCGUUGCUUUUUAGCUCUGUCUGCACUACCACGUCUGUAUAGUGGCAUUUAUAUUCUUUUUAAUCAUCAAAGUUUUUAGGGCUGUGCCAUCUAUGCAUGCAUGGUUGCUUUCUUGCUAGGGCCUAGGGGAGGAUUGUUCUUCUUUACAUCUAGUUGGGUGACCGGAGAUGACCCAAGGCAAGUAUUGAUGGCCGGCAUCGGGAGGUGGCUGGCUAUGGUGGGUGGUGUGUCGCGAGUGUGGCCGAAAAUGGUAGGUACAUGGCCUGCAAAGGUGGUUGGCGCUUAAAAGACAUAAGUUCUUGGAUGAAUUCUCUCAAUUUUGGGAGAUCAAAAGACUUACAAGGUUGUGAAUUUGUAAUAUCCUGAUAGGCCAAAUAACAUCAUUUUCAGGUC